UCGGUUGGGGCCAAUAAUUUCGCCGGGGUUGUGCCAGAGGUGCGUGGUAUUGUGUGUGGUAAGUUGGAGGGAUGACCGGCGCCAAAAGCCGCCGAGGGCUGGAGAAAUUGAGCAGCGCGAGCGCGUUAGUCUUGGCCAGAACACAGGCCUAGUAACAUCGAGUGUAAUACAUUUCCCUCACCGCUCCGUCGCCCCAUGCACGUUCCGAUGGAAUGGAAUGGUACGUGCGUGCGGAUGCACUAACAAACUAUUUGUUUAUUUGUUUGGCCGAGCUAUGGACGACGCCAAAUCGAGGAUUUAUAUCGGAAGUGUUUUAUAACGAGCGCUCGCACAUCGGGAGAUGUUUCUAUUGAAAUAUUCGUUGUUUUACAAACUAUUUUCAUUGAAAUUGGAAAGUGAUGGUGAAUUGCUACAGUUUUUGUCUCUCGGCAUCUCGGAAUGAUAAUGAACACUUGAUUGGAGAGUUGUGCGUCGAGGGAUAAGUGUUGUGUGACAAUGGGCUUUCAAUCGGGCUCCUUGAGAUGCGAAUGAAGAAGAAGAGCAGUGGGAAUCAGCUCUUAGUUUCAGGUUAGGAGCCUGCUUGGACGGUCUUGGGCUUGAGCUUGAGAUAGAGGUUUACACACAACCGGAGUAUUUAUUGUUAAAACGCGGCAACUGUGUGCGGUGUGAGGGGGCUUUAAUUAUCAUCUCGUGUGUACAAAUAAUAAGACAGUUUCAUUGAGAGGAAAUAAAUAUCAACAAGGGACUUUUCAUUGUGAUUAUCAGCUGGAAAUUAAUAGUAAUUGAGUUUGAUUUUUCGUUUGGAUUUUACUGACUUGUUUUUGAGAUAAUUCUGAGUCACCUGGACGGAAUCGAGUGGUGCGUCGGAUAAAGGAUUGUUAUCGGUAGUGAAAUUGUAUUCAGUUUUUUUUUUUUUACAAUCUGUCAUCAAGGAUUAUUACUCGUGGGAGAUUUAACAGUUUUUUAACACGUGCCUGAUAGACCACUGUCACUCUCAAAGAGAAGUGACGGACGUUUAAAAUUCAUGCAUAUGAAAAUCGACCAGUGAUUAUUGGAAACGUGACAAGUGUUAUUUUUUUAUCGUUUGAAAGUUAGGUUAUGUUGCACGUUUUUUACUCAACACGGCGGAAAGAAACUGUUUGAGUUUUAACGAGCAACGCAUAAUUGUGAUUAUUUUCAUGAGAACAUGGACGUUAUUGACAAGUGAUUGAGUACUGUGAGGACUGGGGCUCUCCUGUUUAUGGACAUUAAUCAAAGUGUGGAUAUUAUAAUGAACUUUGUAAUGAGUAGUUGAUGAAGAGAAGGAAAAUUGUGAGGGAUUUGAAUCAAGGCAAUGACACGUUACAGGACGAGACGACGUCUGUAUUCAGUGAAAAUUGGGGAUAAACAGUGACAAUCAGUGCAAAAGGGAAAUAUUUAGAAAAUUUCUCCACUCAACAAUUGGAGAAAAAUCCAGGGGAGGGAUAAUGCCAUUCUGUAGCCAUACAGUUGGUGAUAAUUUGGAGUGAAUUGAUUAAUAUUAUCCGGCGUCGUGUCUCCGUACAAAGAUAAAAGUGAGGGUGAGGCGGUGGAGAACGACGACCGGAGGUGGAUUUUUUUUAAACCAUCCAAGAAUAUCGAAGCCGUCAAAGUGGCUUCGUCACUGGGUCUCCAGGGGCCAUCAGCGCCAAUUGGUGCCCAAUUGUUGGCUUCUGGUGGUACUGAUGAUGCAGCUACCGCUACAACCGUUUACCACGCCAAUCUGGUAACCGGUAGUAAUACAUCGGUGACAGCGGCACUACAGCAGCCAAUACUUAAUUCAUUGAACUCCGCAGCGGCUCUUGCAACUAUGCAGGCCUCUGCAGAGACAAAUUCACUGGAUCUUCAAGCUAUGCAAUCCAUGGAUUGGUUGUUUAAGAAGGAGAGGAUCUACCUGCUCGCACAGUUCUGGCAACAGAGGGCAACACUAGCUGAGAAAGAGGUAACCACGCUGAAGGAGCAGCUUUCUGCGCUGACUGAUGGUAAUUCUAAGACUGAGGGACAACAGCAGACGUCCCAAAAUGCCCAGAUCACAGAUACAAGUCAUGAUCAAAGUAAUCCAAGAAGAACACCCAACAGCAACUUGGAGCAGGAGCUUCAGGCCAAAGAUAAAGAGAUUAAUCAACUGGUCGAGGAGGUAUCGAGAUUACAACAGAGUCUUCAGCGUCUUCAGGAGACCAGUGCACAGGCGACAGCGAGACUCGAGGAGGAGCUUGAUAACAGAAGACAGCAUAUAGCGAGAUUGGAGAGCAAGUUGGAAAGACAACGGGACUAUAAUGAGCUUAAGAGGGAAAUAAGUGUACUGAGAUCGGUGGAUUUGUCCCAAAUACCCACUGGAGAACCUGGAAAGAGUCUUGAGCAUUUGUUAAUGGAAAGAACGAAAGCUUUGCAACAAGCUGAGACAUUGAAACCACCUAGCACACCUGAUACACUUGGUGGACUAGCCUCACCACUGCAGCGCGCUGCAACCGCCUCGCCCCAUGGCAGUGGCGGUGGUGUUGGCAGCGGGAGUACACCCGUUACCCUCGUGUCCACCCAACAGGUGCUCCCAACGCGCUCCACCCCAACACCCUCAUCGGCCACAUCAACGGCCGCCUCGGGUCUCCUAUUCCCGCCUCCUCUUCAAAAUGUCGAAACAUUUGGCUCAUUCCUUGGUGAAGAAAUUGUCGCCAAUUGGAGGCGAUCCCUGGAGAGGUCAAUAAUGAGCCAACAACAACAACAGCAGCAGCAGCAGCAACAGCAACAGCAUCAACAACAACAACAACAACAACAACAACAACAACAAUCACAACAAACAUCACAAUCGUCAAUCGCACAAUCACAACAGACCCAAUUAUCCCAGCUGUCUCAACAGCACACCCAAUCACCGGUACAAACUGGGCUGCAGCACUCGUCGCUGUACCCAUCAACAACACCAAAUCUAAAUCACCUUCCAUCACCAACAGAUCCAGCAUCAUCGUCAAAUAAUGGUACGAGUGGACCAAUGAAAUCGAGUACACCACUUGGUAGCUUGGAAAACAUCACGGAGAAAGCACCAACGCCGAUACCUGGACAUGAGACACCAGCACCACCACGACCCUCAUCAACAGCUGCACUCACAUCACCACCAGCUAGUCUUCAGCCACCGGCCAGUUUAAUCGAGGCUGCCAUGAAUGGGGCAAGCAUGCCUGGUCUUUUACCACCAAAAAGCCCACACGAAGAAUCCUGUCACAAUAACAAUAAUAGCCAUCAUCUUGCCAAUAAUAACAACAAUAGCAUCGGUAGUUUGAGUGUAUUAGACAGUCUCAAGAGUCCGUUUCGCUUCGACGAGAGAACCCAUCCGUUUCGAUUUGGAGAUGACUUUGGAGCUGCCGGAAUGGCUGGUAGACUCGGUGAAUCACUCAUACCUAAAGGCGAUCCGAUGGAGGCACGACUACAGGAGAUGCUACGUUAUAAUAUGGAUAAAUAUGCAUCUCAGAAUCUUGAUACACUUCACAUAGCAAGACGUGUUAGAGAACUACUCUCUAUACAUAAUAUUGGACAGCGUCUAUUUGCUAAAUACGUUCUUGGACUGAGUCAGGGAACUGUUAGUGAACUAUUGAGUAAACCAAAACCAUGGGACAAACUAACUGAGAAGGGACGCGACAGCUACAGAAAGAUGCAUGGAUGGGCCUGCGAUGAGAAUGCUGUUUUACUACUCAAAUCUCUCAUACCGAAGAAAGAGUAUGUUUCAGGCAAGGAGCAGGGUAUGCCAACAUUUGGCCGUCCACAGGAGGGCGGACCCCCUGACAUAAACGACGAGAGAAUUGCCCACAUGCUCUCGGAAUCUGGACACCUGCAGAUGAGUCGUGCUAGUGAACAUGACACUUCCAACGAUGCUGACAGUAAGAGUCCGAGUAGACUGGGAUGCCCGAGCCCAUUCGGCAAAGACAGGUACGACAGUCAGAACAGGAGGCUGAAGAAGUACGAGAAUGAUGACAUUCCCCAGGAGAAGGUUGUGAGGAUUUAUCACGAGGAGCUUGCUAAAUUAAUGGGAAGAAGAGCCGAUGACUUACGGGGACCAAGAGACUUUCCUCCAAGCGCGAUGUUUCCUCACUUUUUCAGUGGUGGCCAGGGUAUCCAGGGGAUGGAGCGUACUCAGGAGGAAAUCAGAUUAGCUCUUGAUGCGUACCACAGAGAGCUUCAAAAAUUGAAUUCAGCGUCAGGUGGAAAUCCCGGGCUAGGAGGUCUCUCAAGCCUACCAAAUCUGCCGGGUCUCCUAGCCCUUCACCAACAAGCCCUCCAUCAAAAUCACCUGGCAGCCAAUGGCACUGGCGUCGGUGUACAGGACCUUAGUCUGGGAAAAGUUGAUCCCCGCAGUAAAAUGAUGAACGGCGUUUCCGAGGAGGAUAAAGAAAAAAUGGAAGAGGCCAUGAGACAUGCUGGCAGUGCAUUCUCCCUCGUAAGACCUAAACAAGAGCCAACGGGCGCACAAUCAACCCCAGGUGGAUCCAGUGCAAGUUCACCACUUGGUAAUUCAAUAUUACCACCCGCCAUGACACCCAACGAGGAAUUUUCCGGUGCUGCUGCAGCAAGUCCACUCCAGAGAAUGGCAUCAAUCACAAAUAGUUUGAUCAGCCAACCGUCCACACCAACUCAUCAUUCAGCAAAUCAACGACCCCUCAAAGCCGUUCUACCACCGAUAACGCAACAACAAUUUGAUCUUUAUAAUAAUCUCAACACUGAAGAUAUUGUAAAGAGGGUAAGUCGAGUUGUAAAGGAGCAAUUGUCACAGUAUUCAAUAUCUCAAAGACUCUUUGGCGAGUCGGUUCUUGGGCUUUCUCAAGGCUCGGUGUCCGAUCUACUUGCACGUCCCAAACCUUGGCACAUGCUGACGCAAAAGGGACGUGAGCCAUUCAUAAGAAUGAAAAUGUUCCUCGAGGAUGAACAGGCGGUUCACAAACUCGUGGCUAGCCAGUACAAAAUUGCUCCCGAGAAGCUCAUGAGGACCGGCGGCUACGGCGGCCUGCCUCGUAAGUUUAACUCAGCAUGCGGAACCCCCAUGAAGCCAAUGCCCCCAACAAAACUCGUCCAGGAGCAGCUUCAAAACGCGGCGAAAGCCCAAGCAGCAGCACAAGCAGCUGCUGUGGCGGCGGCGCAACAUCAAGAGCACCAGAUGCAAUUGGGUCCACCGUCAGGUCCCCAGCACGGCAGUCAUCCAGUACCACCACCACCAAUGAUGCUGACACCACCUGGCACCCACCACGGCGCAACUCAUGCCGCUCAAUUGUCCAUCCAAGAGCUUCAGAAGAAGCAGCACCAGCAGCAGCAGCAGCAGCAACAGCAGCAACAACAAAUGGGUCUUCACUCUCCGCACCAGAUGACCCCCUCACCCCUGCGUAGUCUUCAUCCCCAUAUCUCGCCGAGUGUCUAUGAGAUGGCAGCAUUAACGCAGGAUCUAGACACACAAACAAUCACAACGAAGAUCAAGGAAGCGUUACUAGCAAAUAAUAUUGGACAGAAGAUCUUCGGUGAAGCUGUGCUCGGACUAUCGCAGGGUUCAGUGAGUGAGCUUCUCAGUAAACCAAAGCCCUGGCACAUGCUCAGUAUAAAAGGUAGAGAACCAUUCAUCAGGAUGCAGUUGUGGCUGGCGGAUGCCCACAAUGUCGAUAGACUCCAAGCGUUGAAAAAUGAGAGGCGCGAGGCCAACAAGAGACGUCGCAGCAGUGGUCCGGGACAUGACAACAGCUCAGACACAUCGAGCAAUGAUACAGCUGAUUUUUACCAUGCCUCAGGUUCCCCCGGACCAGGCCCUCCCUCCGCAAAAAAACAGAGGGUUCUUUUCUCUGAAGAGCAGAAAGAAGCACUGAGACUUGCAUUUGCCCUAGAUCCCUAUCCCAACGUAGCCACCAUUGAAUUUCUCGCUGGCGAGCUUGCCCUAUCCUCGAGGACAAUAACAAAUUGGUUCCACAAUCAUAGAAUGAGGCUCAAACAGCAAACGCCACAUGGUCAGCCGGAGCCACAAUCACCGAGGGAGCCUGGACAGCCGUUUGAUCCAGUACAAUUUAGACUGCUCUUGAACCAAAGACUGCUUGAGAUACAGAAGGAGAGAUUGGGACUGGGGAAUGUGCCAAUUCCCUACUCGCCGUACUUCAAUCCAAAUCUUGCGACUCUCAUGAGCAAUGCUUUGAAGGAGCAGUGCUCAGGUCUGGACCUCUCGAUGGGCUCGUUGAAGAGGGAGCCCAAUCAGGAGUUUGAGGACGAUGACGGGGAGGAUGCUAUGAGUAAUCUUGGUAGCGAGGAUUCAGAUGGCUCAGCAUCUAGUAUAAAACGUGAGCCCAGCGAUCACAGUCAAACACAACCAACCGCAGCUACCUCGGCAAGAUCCAACAGGAGAAAGCCAGCAGCUCCUCAGUGGGUGAAUCCAGAGUGGCAGGAGCCAGCCAGAACCGGUGAUGAAGUUAUUAUCAAUGGCGUUUGUGUUAUGCAGACUGAUGAUUAUGGAGUUAAAAGGGAAACCGAAGAGACGAUAAGAGUUGAACCAACACCUGUACAGGACAGAUACGAUGAUGAUGCGCAGAGCGAUGUGUCAUCGGUCUCUGGUAAUAAUGGACAGGAUCGCGACAGUCCGAUACCGAGUCCAAAGUCAGGUCAAAAUAGUCCAAUUACCUCACCACGACCACCGUCACAACAAAAUGCCCAGGAUAAUGGAGAGAGUCCGAAGGAAAUUGUUAAGCACGAGCCGGAGGAAACGUGGGAUUAUUAAUCAAGUAUUUUUUUUUUCUCUUUUGGUUGACACAUUGUUUUAUCAAUUUUAUUCCUUAAAUCGUCAUUUUCCAUUCGAUGCAGAACUACUGAACAGUCUUGUCAUACUGACGUGGUUAGGCUUAAAUAUAAUAAACAUAAAGUGAUCUUACAGAGAAAAUUUAUCUAGGACGGUAUGGUGACAGUAUGGUGGAGAACGUUAGUUAUUUAAUGUAAUUUAUAGCUAAAGUAUAGAUUUUUAGGUUUUUUAGGGAGGCAAAGCCAAGCGAUAGGAUUCGAUGAUUACAAUAAUAUAAAUACUGAAUCCUGCCUAUCAAAUUGGGCAUUAUAUCGAAGUUUAACGAGCAUGUGGUGAACGACUGAAUCACGAACAAACUUUGUAUCUUACUUUUUUUCCUUUUUGUUGGUGAAUCCGUUUCCAUUUUUACGAGGCACUAAUGAUAGCGAUUUUAAUCACGGAGAAUUUCAAGAUGUUUUAAUAACGGGAGCAAAAUCAAAAAGUCUCUUCGUAGAACAAAAAUUGUUUAAGAUAAAAUGAAACUUCAAUGGAUAAACCACCAGUGAGCGUCGAACAAAAAAUGUAUACUAAAGUCGUACAUACAUAUAUAUAUAUACAUAUGUAUAGCAUAUUAAAUAUAUAAAUUAUUUAGCAUCGAUGUGCGCGAGAAUGAUAUCAAUCACACAUUAGGCAUUUUUUAAUAAUUGAUGAUAGAGUCAUUGACCGUAUUUGUUCUGUGAACGUUCUAGGUCGAAAAACAAAUUGAAGAGAAUAUUGACAGUUGUGUCGUGUCGUGUCGUGAGGUAAAUUUUUCUUUUCCAGGAAAAUGCUAUCGAUUGAAAGUGCAAUCUCUCCCUUUAUCCCGCCCCCCCCCCCCCUAAAUAAUUGUUAGAUUGAAGCAUUAAUUAAUUUUUAAUCAAAAUGAAGAUGAAUGGAGUGAAAAAUUUGUAUAGGCAGUGUAUGCGAGUUCAAUGGGAAUGAGCCCUAAAAGAUACGUGAAGCGGAUAAAUUACAUAAUCAUCGUGAUUCAUGUUAUAUCGUUUGUAUUUUCUCUCACCUCCUCUCAACCCCUUCUUCCCUGAUAGAUAUGUAAGCUGUUGAUGUUAUUUUUAUUAUUUCUUUUUCACUCGAGUUCGUUUUUUCAUUCAUGUUCAUCUCUCGGUUUUUCUCAUAAAAUUCUCGUUAUUUUGUUUAUAAAAAUACAACGAAUGAUUAAUGGAAAAUGAGAGAUUUGUCAUGAAUAUGGAAAAGUGAAAUAAGAAACGAACAAAAAGGUAGAAAAAAUACUUAAGGCCGUUACCAAUGUUAUUAUUAUCAUUUCUAUGAAUAAUUAAUUAUUACAAUUAUUGAUUGAUUGAUUGAUUGUGAAGAAAAAUUUAUAGUAAUUAUUGACAACUUCAUUUUUUUCCCUUAGUUAUCAAGAUACGCCAUCAAUUCAAGUUCUCUGUAAUUAUUAUUACAUUUGAUAGAUGAUUAAUCUUGAGAGUACGUAGCCAAAAAAUUCAAUGGAAAGUGAGGAAAAAUACUACAAAUAAGUGAGCAAAAGAAAGAACGAUAGAGGGUUUUAUCGAUAGCUCAUGAGAAUUUUAUAUAUAUUCUUUCUUCUCUUUUUUUAUAAAAAAAAAAAACUAAUUCACUCCAGUGCUGAAGUCUUCAAUGCUGCGUGAAUAAAUUAUUUUUUAACAUUACCAAUUCACUGGUAAUUGUAAAAUAGGCUUUACUAUUUUAUUCACUAUUAUUAUUAUUAUUAUUAUUAUUAUUAUUGUAAUAUUAAGUUUUUCAUUACGGUAUAUUACUAAUUAUUAUUUGUCGAUUUAAGUUUUUUUUUUUAAUUAUAUCAUUAUUAUUAAACUAUUAUUAUUAUUAUUUUACAAAUCCAAAACGGCUUGUGAAGCCAAUGUGAUAGAGCUUAUGUGCGACGUGAGAAAGAGAAAAAACGAGCGAAAGAGAAACAAUAGGAUUAAGCCCAAAUCCUACAGAAAACAUAAAGUAAAAAGAAAAACCAGUGUAUAUGCGGGCUGAGAAAGAAUGAAAUUCAUAAAAUAAAUUUAACAGUUCGUAAUACGUAAUUUCUCAACUCGCAUUCUUUGUAAAUAAAAUAUUGUAUGUAUAAAAAAAGAAGUAAAAAUGAAUCGAAAAAAAAAUAAGAACAAAUUGAAAAAUAAUUCUCUGAUUAAAUACAUUAACCCACACGAUUAUUAAUACGGAAAUAAAACUUGUAUUAUAUUAUAUUUACUUAUCAAUCACAGUUAGCAAUUAUUGAAUAGAUAUUCCUACUGAAUUGAAAUUAAAGUAACAAUUUUAAAAGAUACAACUAUUACAUAAUAGCCGCAACACAGAAAUCGAUAAUCGUCUUAUCGAUUUUAAUGAAUAUAACAUAAAGAAUGAAAGAGUUAGUAUGACUAUAAUGAUUACAAUUAAAGAUAAGAUGGUGAGGAGAAAAAAAUUUAACUGCAUCCUAAUAAGAGAUGAAAUUUUGAGAUAAACGUAUCGAAAAAGCAUAUUCUCGAUAUUGAAAAUCAAACUGAAUCUUUAUCAGACGACUUCACCUUCAUAAUUAAAUUCUAGUCUUCAAUUCAUAACUGAUGAAAUUCACAAACUCAUUUGAGUUUUGUUUUUCAAAUGUUUUCGGAUUAAAAAAAAAAAUAACCGUACUGAAAAAAAGGGGCAUUGCGAAAGAAAAACCAGUGAAUAAAUUUUUGUCUUAGAAUUUUUCUUUAUUCCUUAUUUUUCCAUGUAAAUAAACAAAUGUCUCAUAUUAUAAUUAUUGAAAUGCUAAUAUCUCGCUUCGACAAUUGUACAAAGAGGCAGUGGUGGAGUCAUUGAAAGCGAGAGAAGCGUAUAAAUAGGGUUUUACAACAUCGAACUGCCUGAAGUAUUGGCGGACAAGCCCGUGAAUUAAAAGCUAUUCAUUUUCUUUCCUCGGAAUGAUUGGAAAAAAAUAACAAAUAACGGGUUUUAACCCGCCCAUCAAUUUUAAGGAAAAUCCACGAUCUCAGAUGAAAUAUUUUCAAUAAACUACUAACCCGAAAAUAAAUACAUUUUGGACUUUUUAAAUUCUUCAGAUUGUCUUGCUUUUACCUCGUAUUUAAGAUAAACAUUGAUGCCACGUCUUAGGUAAAAGAAAAUCACUCGAAUGAAGAAAUCAAUGAAUUCAAUUAAUAUUUACUAAUUGACGUGGCUGAGGCCAAAAAAGAAACCUAUGAGAAAACAACCAAGUAUUGUACAUCAUUCAUUUGCAUCAUCGAAUCCGAGUAUAAAUUAGCGUUUUGUAGAUAUUGAAUAGAGGAAAUAACGAUACGAUAGCUUUAAUUAUUUAAUUGGAAAUAUCGCUUGUAAUCGAGACGAUAGGUGAAUCAAUGAAAUUAAGUAGAGUGAAAAGUGAAUGCAUGCCUGAAUCCGCGUACGAAAAGACACCUGUAAUAUAAUAAUGAUGAAUGAUUAAUUAUUAUUAAAGCUAGCAUAGUUUUUCCGCGAAUACAUGUUUAAACCUCCCUCUCCCUCCCCCACCCCCGUGUUAUCGAAGGAAAUGAAUGUGAGGCGAAAAGAAAUCAUAUCGUAAACAUAAUGAAUAUUUUACAAAUAAAUGUAGAUAGAUAUUCAGAAUUUUUCGAACGAAAACACAAUGGAAUGAAGGGAUAAAAAAUCACCUCUCUAUACCUCCCUAUCUAACAAUUCCGAGACAUCUUAUAUCAUUUUUGAAAAACUAAAAAGUGAAUAUGUUGCGAUCAAAAGAAAAUAUUACAAACGAUUCUGUCAUUUCAGUAGUGGAAAUAAUGUAUUUAAAGAUGAAAAAUUAUCUAAUAGUUUAUUGAUUUGUAUUAUCAGUUUUUGAAUUGUAUAAUAGCAUAAAAAUUAUCCUGUACAUUGCAUUAAUAACACGAGCACUAUUGUUUUAAAGAAAAAAAUUGUACGUUUACGAUUAUUAUACGAAGAUAAAAAGAAUGAAAAAAUAAAUAAGAUAAACAAAAAACAAAAUCAUGAGCUGGUGAAUGAGUAUAAUAAAUUUUAUUGUUAGUUAUUCAAUAAAAUUAUUAAUUUCCGUCA